CUAGAAGGCUGACGUCAUUCAAAUCGUAGCGAGAGCGCAGCGCGCAGCUAGAUAUUGUGAAAUGUGAACGGCCACCCACUGCUUGCUUGGCUUGGCUGUAUCUACCUAAAUUACUCUUGAAAGUAGUGGCUAUGAACAGUUAUUGUACUGACUUCUGCCAUACAUGUUGAAUUUCGAACUGCGCAACGCCUAAGUAAUUUUGUGAUUCCUGGAGAAACAUUCCCAAUGAUAAUUGUUCCGACGAAUAUUAGUGACACUUUCAAGAUGACGGAAGCUGAGCCUAAUACUGAAAUGGAAGAUUUGGAAGAUGGGGAGAUUGAGAGUGAAGGUGAAGAAGCAACUGAAAUUCCAGCGGAGGAGAAAGGUAUGGAUACAGUACCUACUAUCAACGAUAAAAUGCCCACGGUAAAAUCAGAAAUCCAAGAUUUUUAUUAUUCAAAAUCAGGUAAGAAAAAGAAGUCAAAAGCUAAUAAAGAACAAAAGUUUAAGGACAAAAGUAAAAAGAAUCGGAAAUAUUCUAGUCCUACAGAAGAUGAUUUUGCUGGCAACAUUGAAAAAGCCAUCAGAAAAGCCAUGAACAAAAAUGAUGGCAUUGAUGAUAACGACGAUGAUGUAGAAGAUCGCCGAAAACAUAAAAAACGAAAGAAACAUGAUAUAAAAGAUGGUCCUAGUAAAAAGCGUAAAAAACAAGAUUAUUCUGAUGAAAUGGAUGAAAGUGAAAUGAUGUGUGUGAGAGGAGCGUCUCCUGUACACAGGCAGUCGCCUGAUGAUGUUUAUGCUGAUGACGAUAGAGAUUCAUAUGCAUCUGACAGCAGUCAGGAGUCUAGGGGACAGCAACAGCACCAUAGGCAACAGAGACACAACAGACAGCGUGAACGAAACAAAAACAAUAAAAAUGACCGUAGACGAGGCAACCAUCCAAUGCAGGACCCUGACGGAGUUUGUUUAUAUUACAUGCAAGGUAAAUGCCAUAAAGGUGAUGACUGCAUUUAUUCACAUGAUGCACAACCGCCAAGAAAAAUGGAAUUAUGCAAGUUUUAUUUAAUGGAUUGUUGUGCAAAAAGAGAUAAAUGUUUGUACAUGCAUGCUGAUUUUCCAUGUAAAUAUUAUCAUACUGGGCUUCAGUGUAUAUAUAAAGAUGAAUGUAAAUUCGCACAUGGUAAACCCUUAAGUGAUGGUUUGAAAAAUAUUCUUUUAAAACAUAUAGAGUCUGCUCCUAAAGAAAUUUUAGGUGAUUUCCCACGGCUUAACAGAGAAGGGGCGUUAAAAAUGUUACAAACGACUCAAGCAAAAUUAAUCCAACAAUAUAACGAAUCUUCGGAAGGUAAUGAAAAAAACAUUCCAUCAUUAUUUGAGUUAAAUAUACCAAAUCCCCAAAAUACUCCAGAGUCAAUGAAUCAAGGAAACUAUAUGAACGAGAGACAAAAUAAAAUAUCACCAAAAGUACGACAGUCGAGGUGGCAAAAUGAUAUAUCUAAUAAUCAAAACUUUAACAUCAACUCAUCGCCGAAUAAUAACACAAACUCAAGUAAUGUACUUAGCAUAAAGAAUUUAACUGGGGUUUUAACUCCUCGACAAAUUUCAGAUCUAACUAAAAUGGGUAUUGAUAAUUUAGAUCAGCUCGGCCAACUUACUGUAUUGCAGUUGAAUAGCAUAGGGUUAUCGUUAAAACAAAUAACCGAAAUUCAAUUAAACACAAUGAAUAUACAAAAGUUAGGAUUAAUUAAUACCAACAAUGAUCCACCACAGUUCAUUAAUCAAGCAGCUGGUAGUAAAGAUUUAGAUUUAAGAGUGCCGCCUAUAGCUGUACCUGUUUCUAGUAAUGCAACGAUAUCGACAGAUUUACCAGGAAAAGACAUUGAUAUGCGAUUCCAGCCAUCUGCAAUGCUUCCAGGAUCUGAAGAAACCGCCUCUAAUAAACCCAGUCAAAAAGAUUCACAGACGAGCAAGGAUAUGAUUGAUAUAGACCAGUAUACAAAAGAUGCUCUUAAAUUCGCGACGAAAGAUAAAGAAAAUAUUGAUAUUUCUAACGAGACGUAUGAAACGGAUAAACCUGUUAUUUCUAAUGAAUCAAAGGACGUAGACCAUCGUGUUCUUCCUUUUUCGGAUGACGCUCCUAGAGUUAUGCAUACUGCCAUUGAAGACAACCACGUAACGAAAGAAUGUGAUACAGAUAUUAGAUUUUUACAACCAGAGCCUUUGUUUAAGAACCCUGAAAAGAGACACCGCCGAUCAACUACUGACGAUGAGGAUAACAAUUUAUUAAUAGAUGAAAAAUGGUAUUCAAGUGAUGAAGAAAAAGGAAUGAAGAAAAAGUCUCCUGCUUCAUCACCUCAGCAGAAGUCUCCCUCUCCACAAGCGUCCACUCCACAAGUAAUAGAACCCUCUGCUUUAUUAAGCAGGCUUGGAGAUCUUUCAAAAAUUGAUAUAAGCGACGAGGUCACAAAAUUGUUAAAUACCAUGAAAAAUAAUCUGCAAGAAAAUAAAGUUGAAAAUAGUUCUGAGGGUGCAGCGUCUCCACAAAAUAGACCGAGAGAUCCGCGAGCAAGACGCUCUCCAGAAAAACAAAGUGAUUCCAUUAAGUCUUCUACUAAAAGGCCUCCACGAGUUUCAAUUUAUGAGUGUAUUGAUGGUGAGCCGACGGAUGGUCGGCGAAGGACUGAUGUCGAUUUGCGGCAGUCUGAUUUUAAUCUUCCCGCUUUUGGUGAUACUGACUUGCGUCAGACUAGUGGAGAUAUUGAUUUUCGUUUAGGUUUGCCCUUUAAGCCUCUGCCGAACUACACUCCAGCUUCGGAAAUAAAUGCCUCAAUCAAUAGCCAUCCUCCUAUGACCUACAAAGUAGUGCUUAUUGAUAUACCACGGCCAGACUAUACCGAUAUUAGAAAUAGUACGGCUAAGUCACAGGCAUUAGUAGAUCCACGACUUAGGAAAGUUUUUAGAUUAUCAGUUGAUGAGUCCAACAGCGACAGUGAAAAGUCUAACAAGAAUUCAACUGCCACAACUCCCACGGGCCCUAGAGUCGACCCACGAAGAAAACCUAAGGAUGCCGGGGAAGCUGUUGCUCAAGAUCAAAAAUCUAGUUCAUUAGAUUUACAAACUAUACUCCAAAAUUCCAAUUGGUAUAAAGAAAUGAGUUCAACACAAAAGAUAUUUGUAAAUCAACAUUUAGCACCGGUGACACAAAUGAUUAAACAGUAUCAACAGGAGAAGGUUCCCGGAAAGAAAUUCGAUUUAGCUUCCAUACAAAGCAAUAGUGUGUUGUGUAAAAUAUUUACAAACUUGGGUGUUUCAUUAGGUGAAAAUGGUGAGUACUCCUAUUUACCAAAACCCAAAGAAGCUUUACUCAAAACUCCAGUUAAUUUUAAUCAAACUCCAUUUGGCAUGAAUAGCAACAUGGGUGGACCUCCGGGAUCAAUGGACGGAGGUAAUAUGAACAUGAUGAAUAUUCCACCAAUGGGUAUGCCAGGUAUGAAUAAUAUGAAUUUAGGUAACAUGCAUGGAUUUAAUCAAUCUAUGCCUGAUCCACGGGGAGGUCCGACGCCUGGACUUCUAGGAAUAGCUCCAAAUAUUCCUCAUAAUUUUAAUAAUAAAUUUGGUGGACCUAACAACUUUGGAAAUAUGCCUUAUAAUGGUCCUGGGCCUGGCAAUGAUUUUAAUUUUAUGGACGGUGACCAAAAUUACCCAAGGUUUCCAAAUCGAGGAGGUCAUCGAGGACGCGGCAACGACCGGUGGAAUCGAGGAGGUUCGGGUAGAGGGCAUAGGGAUCGAAAAAACUUUAAUGAUCGUGGAAAUUGGAAGAAUGAUAGAAAUUAGGUUUUGUAUAAAUGUUAAAUGCUUUUCAAAUAGUAUAGUGUUAACGUAAUAAAUUAUUUUAAUUAACGUAGAUAACUCCUUCCACAUGCAGCAAAAUGUGAUCGAGGUGAUAAUAUUAUUAAUGACAGACUUAGUAGGUACGCUGUAUUUUAAUAGUGUAGGUAGGUAUAGGUAACGUGUAUAAUAUAAUGUACAAGGUCCCAUUAAUUGUAAAUAUUUUUUAUUUAGCAGUUAAAUGAUCAAUUUCAGUAUCGUUAUUUAUCUAUGUAAAAUAAUUAUUUGAGUACUGAAUUAAGUUCAUUAAAAAUAAAAUUACUCAUUAUAAGAGCCAAAUGUUUUAAGACUGAGUGCGUGCGUCGAGGUUUAUGAAAUGUUUUUCUUUCAUUAAAAAUAAUGCAUUGUUUCAAUCCUCAAAAUAACAAUCAACGCAAACUGUAAGUUUUGUAUUAAAACAACGUGUGGUGGUAGAUAUCUAUGCUCCGUCAUAGUGAAAAAGCAAUAUGAAUAUUACCUCUAGAUUGUUGAAAUGUUAUUUCUGUAGGUAAAUAUUGUAAUAAAAUCAUAGACGGGCCUACUCAUCAUUAAAAUAAAUUCGUUUAUAUUUUA